AAACAAUUCAGGCAGGAAAAUAAUGCUUAAAGUAAGGCCAAGGAAAUUGCAUGCUUGGCAUUAGAGGAAGAAGAACACAAAACAACAAAGAAAACAGGGAGAAAGGAGAAAGAAAAGCUGCAGCACGUGACAUUCGGAGAAAACUCCUUGCACACGACGCCAUUUUGUAACGGUAAUUGGCAGACGGCGUCACACGUGAAGCUAAACGUCCGCCAACACGCCCCCACAACAACACUCCACCCUCCACCCACCGUCAUCAUCAUCACCAUCAUCGUCGUCGUCAGCCUCUCAGGACGAUGGCCGUUAGCAACAUUGUCUGCGAAUGGCUACGUGCCCUGGGACUGGCCCAGUAUGCCGAAAGUUUCCUCGACAAUGGCUACGAUGACCUGGAGAUAUGCAAACAGGUCGGUGAUCCCGAUCUGGAUGCCAUUGGCGUUGAGAAUCCAUCGCAUCGGCACAAGCUCCUCAAGAGCAUACGCUCGUUGCGGGAGAAGGGCGCCGCCUCGGUCUAUUUUAUGCUCAACGAUCCCAAUUCCCUGUCGGGCAGCAUGGAGAUACUCUGCGAAACGCCGCCCAGCAACGACCUCGAGAUGGUGCUCGGCGAACAGCUGGAGACGGACGGAGUGCGUCUGACAGCGCAUCCAUAUUCGACACCGGAUGGACAACGCGGCCAUUUAGAGGGCCUGGCAUCCGUCUAUUGUGAGUUGUUAAUGGCUCCCUUUGGAGAUAUUUUAAGUGCUUUAGAGAGUGCCAGGCAGGCGGCCUGGGCGGAUCACAGUCCGCUCCACAAUGCCAGCGCCAGCGCCAGCGGCGGUGCUGGCGGCAGUGGCAGUGCCAGCGGCGCCAGCGGUGCCAGCGGCAGUGGCGGCAGCAAUCGUAGCGGUAUCGGCAGCGGCAGCGUCGGCAUGGGAAUCCAUCACCGUCAGAAGCACGGCCAUCGGGGGCAUUCGAUGCACGGCGCCGGUCUGCCCAAUAGUCAUAGUCAGCCCAUUUAUGUGCCCGGAAAGUAUUCGCCCUCCAGCUGCUUGUCCGACAAGGAGGAGGACGAAAUCUAUGGCUUCGGUUAUGGCGUGUUUGCACCGCGUGUGGCACGCGGCGGCCUGACGCAACAGCAGCAGCUGCUGCAACAGCAAACGCUGCAGACGCAACAGAGCAUACAGCAGCAGCAGCAGAUGCAACAGCAACUGCAACAGCAGCAGCAGCAACUGCCACUCGUGCCCGGCCAGCAGCAGGCAGGAGGCGGACAGCCCGGCGUGGGACCGCAACAUCAUCAGACACUGCCACCGAAUGUGGCACAUCUGAAUUUUGUGCAACAAAACUGCCUGAGUCCCCGUUCUGCAUAUUUCUACGAAUUUCCACCGACUGCUGAGGGACGCGAGACAAAGAAACGCACCACUUUGGCCCGACUGUUGAAAGGCUUGAAAACUGUCAAUCGACGGGAUCGCAACAAUCAACAAAAUGGCGCCCAGGCCAGGGCCGCCAACGAUCGUCUGCGGCACUUUCAAAUGAUAAACGGCGGUGCGGGCGGACAGCAGCACAGUUUCGAGGAGACAAUCCAUAGGUUGAAAGUCCAGGAGGCCAUGCGGAAAAAGGAAAAAUUUCAACGGGAGCACGAGGAGAUUCUGCGUGACAUACGUCAGGGUCUGUUGCAAAUGAGUCGCGGCGAGGGACGCAUGGACGACACCUAUAUGUACGACGAGGCCCUCAGAACUGGGGCAGGCGUGGCCAUGGGCAUGGGCAUUGGAGGCGGGGCCCAUUAUGCGGUGAGUGCGCUCCACCAUCAAGGUCAUUGGUACGACGAGCCGCCCUACGAAAGCGAUCCCGAUGACUUCCUGAUGGCCGGCCUCAACUGCGGACCAGCUGCCACCAUUCAGGGUGGCCGUGUACGCUUCUCGAACAACCGCGAGAGCACGGGCGUAAUUUCAUUAAGAUCCGCCGGAGAUAUUUCACUACCGCAACGAGGGCCGCCGCGUCGAGGUCUUAUCGUGCCCCAACAGCCGCCAAAUCCACCGACAAUAAUACCCUUAACGCAUGCCAGAUCCCAUGAUCGUGAGAGCGGCGACUAUGCGGGUUCCAUUUCAGAUCUACAAAGCGUUACCUCCAGGCUCAGUGCCGUAUCGAUUGGCACCAACAAUUGCACGGCCCGAUACCGGACGCUGAGCGGCGGCAUCGGGGAGUCGCCGUCGCUGUCGCCCAGCCCCUCGUCGGACUACGAGGACAUUGGGGCCACGCGGAUGCACGGCCUGGCCCCCAGUCUGCUGGCCGCCAAGGCCAAAAAGAAUGGCCUGCCGCACGGCAAGGCGAACACCAUUUGCCAGAAGGCCACCGUGCAUCAUUCGAGCGAGAUGCGUAGCUCGCCAAAGGAAAUUGGCACUUUUAAUGAGAAUGGAAGGAACUUUGUUGCCACAAAGGAUACGUCGAGGGAUUUCAGCAACUCCCAAGACAAUACCGACCGUGGCAGCAUGAGCGAUCAGGCGUUUGCCUGUUCGGCCAGCUCCGUUGAAAGUUUGCCCAGUGCUUCCGGUUCGAGCACACAGGCUCUGGUGCGUCCCGGCAGUCCGCACAGCUCCAUAUCGGCCGAGGAUCGCACCUCGAUGGCGGUCCACAGCAGCAGCGGCAGCAGCAUCUGCAAGGCCAAGGCCCUGGUGGACAGUCUGCCCAAUCCCUACGACAAGGAGGCCCUGAAAUUUAAGAAGGGAGAGCUCAUCGAUGUCCUGUCGAUGAACGCCUCGGGCAUCUGGAAGGGUCGCUGCCACGGCCGGGUGGGACACUUCAAGUUCAUCAACGUGGAAGUGCUGCCCGAGCAGCGCCUGAAGAACUCCAGCAGCAAGACCCUGGCCCCCGGCUCCCGGCUGGGCGGCGGCAACAACGGCAGUGCCGGCAACAGCAGCGCGAACGGCAGCAACAACGGCGGCGGCGGCGGCGGCUGCGGCGGCGGACCCAGCUCGGUGGAGGAUCUGCUGGUGCGCAUCGGCCUCAAGGAGUACACGUCCGUGUUCGUGCUCAACGGGUACGAGGAUCUCGAGCUCUUCAAGGAGCUGGAACCGGCCGAUCUCGACUAUCUGGGCAUACUCAAUCAGGAGCAUCGGGCCAAGCUGCUGACGGCUGUGCAGCUGCUGCAUGACAUUGAAUGCUCCGACGUGGACAUAGCCGGCUCCAGCUCGGAGAACGAUGAGGCCCGCCUGAACAACAUCAACAAGAAGCACGGGGCCUCGCCCUUCGGCCGGCGGCACUUUCCGCGGGACUCGGGCUGCUACGAGGGCUCGCCGCUGCCCAGCUCCCAGACACCGACGCAGACGGUCAACUCGACGGACGAGUCGAACAGCCUGGACGACGUGGUGACCAAGUGCUCCAGCGAGAUCAUGAAGCGCGUGGAGAGUGCGCGAAGGUGCAAGGACAAUCCGUUCAAGGCGACGCUGCCGGGCGGCCGGGUGGGCAAGAAGUCAUUUCUCGGCGGCGGCGGACUUAUGGCUGACGAUACGCUCACACGUGGCGGACUCAGUGAGAAGUCGAGCGACUCGGGCGUCAGCAGCAGUUCGCUAUCGUCGGGUCCGCUGAAGAGCAGCACUUAACAUUUGCCCACGAUCCU